CCCAAUACCGAUAUGUAGCCAUUUUAUAAUCAGGGAUCCGUGACCAUCCGUGAUCAAGAAAUGGAUCGAGAAGAAAAAGCUGGAAGUAAAGACAUUCUGGGCAGACUCUCAUAUUCUGAACUUAAUGAAUUGAAAGACACAAUCACAAGGAAACAAAUAUCGGCAUAUGGACGGAAAGAAUGUAUCAAUGCCAUUGUAGCCUACAGUGAGUCAGCUUCUGAACUUCUUCACAGAAAGAAACUCAAGCGAGAUAUCUUGUUCCAAUACCUGUUUGACAACCAGAUUUUUGAAUCUGUCAAUUCCUCAAAAGAUGAUCUUGUUAAAUCCAUCAUCAAAUUUUGGAAAUCAAGAAGUCAGCAUGAGAAACAGGAAGUUGUCCCAACUGUCCAAGCAGACAGACAGCCUCAGCGACAGAUGCGUCCAGUACAUCAAUCCGAAAAGGCCAAACCACAAGACAAACAAGGGAGGCAACCUCACUCUCAAGAGGUCGCACCAAUAAAUGUAUCAGUUACAGUGAAUGUAGUUCCUGAGGCCAAGAGUCCAGCAAAGGUUGCUCCUAUGUCAGAACAAGUAGGGGAAGCGUUCAUAACUUGGUUUUAUAAAAUGUUAAACUCGCAAAACCCGAUGACACCCAACGUGCCUGAAGACUUUGGAUCUCAUCACUUCUGGCCGGACGUGAACUUCAAAUUGUUGUGUUUAACACCUCAGCCAUUGGAGGAGGAAAUCACUGGUGCUGAUCUGACCACACAGAGGUUGUUGGCUUUAGUCAGAGAUGAACAGUUACUUUUUAACCCAAACAUCAGUAGUGAGGGUUUGAAGAUUAAGUCUAACCCUCAUGGACAACUCGUGCUUAUCGUGUGUGGCACAGUUCAUAGGAGCCAGGACUGUCUGGGAGAGUUUGAACAACUGUUUGGUUUACUUAGAGACCCUCGCUUCGACAAUAAUUGGAAAGUGAAAUUCACAAGGUUGAGGAUUAGAAGCUCACAAAUGACAGCAAUGCCAAAAUUAACAGAUCAAGCUCUGAGUGAAGUGACUGCUUUGAUACCUGUGUAGGUAGAUUUGUGACAGACUCGUGAAUGAUGUCAAAUAAAGAACAAUGACAUCACAAACAAAAAAUGUUAGCAUUUUCCUGUUGUAAAUAAUACAAAUAAUUCUGUGAUAAAAGACGACUUUGUUCUCGUUUUGAUAAUAAAUAUGAUACUUUUAGAUAUUGUUAUAGAAGAUAAUUCAUCAAUGAAAGUUCCGAAUUAUUUUAUCAAUUAUCUGCCAUUGUGAUGUAAUGAUGACCCAGGACAAUAUAUAGCUGAGAUAUGUAGUUUAGUGGGAUAUAUAUAGCAUUACAAAGUUAGUGCACACUGCAGUGUUGCAAUCAGCAUCAUGAUAAUAGCAUUUGAUUAAAAAUUCUAUUAAAAAACAAAGAAUUAUGCAUUUACUUCUGAUCAAUAAUUGAAAACUAAAUAAAGUUCUGACAGCAGGAUAUCUUCUUAUAAUAUCCCGAAGUUAGACAUGACCUCGUUUUGUAUGGACAAAACUAAACACAUAAUUAUGUACAUGUUUUGAAGCUACAUGUAUUCCAUUUUAUAGCUGAAUUGUUUAAUUGUCAUUAUCAUAAUAAAUACAUGUAAUCAAA